CCGUUUUUCUUUUAAUUGUGAGCAGCUGUAAUUAAGAAGUUUUGAAGAAUUGAUGUGACCAAAACUUCGGUCAAUGCAGCGCCAUCUAUUGAAGGUUGUCCGAGCGACAGCGUCCUCUCCGAAGACGUCUGCAAAUGCGACCCGGGGACCUGUAAAAAACCGCCGUGCUUGACGGAAAUGAAGAUCGCUGCGAACGGCACGGAUUUACCGGGACAGUGCUGCCCCACGUACGAAUGCGUGGGAUGCAAGGACGACGACAAAAUCGAGGGGAAGUGUCCGUGCGCCGAGGGAGCUGUAAUCGAUGGUUACAAAUGUGGAUGUGUCGAUAGAGAGAAGCAUAUAGUUGAUGGAAAAUGCGUAUGCGACCCCCAUCUUUGCCCUUUUCCUCAACUAUGCGACAAAAAAUCAGUGGCAGUUACGAUAAUCGAAGGAUGUUGCAAAAAAACAAUUUGCAAACCAUGUCCAGCAGAUAGUGAAUCCACAAAUUAUAUAGAAGUAGAUGAAAUUGAGGACCAUUGCGUAUGCCUUCCUUGUAAGAAAGAAUGCGAUUAUAACAAAACUGCUGUGAUCAAAAAACACGGUAGGGGCUUCCCAGGAAACUGCUGCGACCUCUACGAAUGCAAAAAUAACGAUGAAAUCGCAAAUUCUGUAUUAGCAAACAACGUAAUCGCAAACACCGAGGGUGGUUGCAAUUAUAACAACCUGUUCUACGAAAACGGCAAAGAAUGGCGCACCUUGGACUCGCAAAUUUGCAAAUGCGACAAGGGUUUGGCCCUGUGUUCCAAUCACAAAGAAGAGGAAGAACUGGGUUGUUUUGUAGAUAACCUUUUACACAAACACACCGAAAAGUGGACCAAAGAUGAUGGAUGUACGUCUUGCAGUUGCUAUAAUGGGGAAUUUAACUGCAUCUCGUACUACUGUGAUGAAAAACUCAGUCAACUUAACCAUUCCUGCAUCAACGGUGACACCACCUACCAUCACGGCGUAGCCUGGACCGAAAAUGAUGGUUGUAUUAAAUGCUCUUGCGACAACGGCGUCAAAAUCUGCUCGAAUGAUCUCUGCGAAACCACGACAACAACGAUUACAACAACAAUUCCGACCACAGCCAAACCGAUAGAAUGUCAGUCGUUGACCAACUGCAACAGGAGCUGCCCCAACGGAUUUAGGGUCAACCGAAGAGGAUGUGAAAUUUGUAAAUGUAACCCCUUCAGACUCGGUCAGGAUAUUUUGACACGUUAUAACAUUUCUAUGAACGAUCUGAUUAAUAUUUUAGACGAGUACAAGAACAAGAAAGAAACGACAUUGAUUCCUGCGACCGAUUCGAGUUCUACUACGAGCUCUACUACGAGUUCUACUACGAGUUCUACUAGCAGUAGUGUUGGUACUACGACUUCGACCACCACUACUACAACGUCUACUUCGAAAACAGUCGAAGUAGGUACACAAAUACCAAUUGUUAUUAUGAGUAACAGAAACGUCGAGGUAAUUGAAGAUGUUAAAACUUCUACUACAACCGAGCCAUCUGUUAGGCCAACAGAUAAAGAAACUGAUUCCGUGGUAUAUAUCGUUAUCCCGGUGCUAGCCUGCUUUAUUUUAGUGAUAGUCAUCGGCAUCAUAUGCGUAUUCAAGAGCAGAAGGAAAAACAGCAUGGAUCUUUCGCACUGUCACUAUCAAACUGUCAAUAAUCACAACAACAACAACACUAUCAAAAAAACCGAUCAACUGCUUUGAAAAAUUUGAUUGAUCGCCCUACAAAAUUGGUUUGUGAUAUAAAAAUAGGUGGUGUUAUGUGAAAAUGAAGAAAAAAGGCUUUGUGAAGCGCUUCGAGUAACUGUUCAAAAAUAGUUGCACAGUGUACCUAACUGUUAUGUUACUUUUAGUAACUGUUCCAAAGAGUUUUAUUUAAUAACUGUUCCAUAUACGGUUCAUUGUUACAUCGGGAAUCGAUUUUUUCGUAGAACAGUUACAAAAUAAACUACGAACUAAAUACUAAACCGCGACUGUUACAAUGAUAUAAUUCGAGGAGUUUAAUUUAUUUUUUUAUAAUAAGGAAUGUUAAAAAUAUGAUUAUUGUAUUUUUUUAAAAAAGAAGUAUAUUUGUUGAAUUGUUAUUGAUUUGUUCCAAAUACUAACAGAGUGUAUAUUUGUAAAUUUUUUCGAACAAGUUUAUUUUUUAUAAGGAGUAUUACCUACAUGGUUUGAUCUGGUAAUUCUAAUUGUAUCUUUAGAAUCAAUUUAGGGUCUGCUUUAAGAGGUUUGAUUAUUUUUUGGAGCAAAAGUAACCUGGAUAUAAUUAUUUCUUCCUAUUCCCUUUUAUACUCAGUGAUUUUAUCCUGUGUCAUGUGUCACAGAUUACACCAGAUGCGAAAUAUGGCAAAAGAUCAAAAGAAUUUCGAGUGAAAAUUCUGUGACAUUAAAACUUUAAAUGGGUACGGCACAGGUAUUGUCAAUGUCAAUUAUUCUAGCUGAACAUUGCUGCCUUGUAAAUAUUUUUUAGUUGACAAGAUUGAACGAUUUAAUACAUGCGAAUACAAAGUUUUAUGAGGAAAUGAAAUUAAAAAUAAAAGCGUUUUGUGCGUAAAUAAUAUACGACGCCCAUGGUGAGAGUAUAUGAUUUACCUUCUAGAUUUCGGAUCGAUUGCGCCGAAGUGAAAAUAACGACGCCUAGCAGGUAUCUUCGUAGCUAUUUAGGUGUUAAUUUACAAUAAAUAGUUUAAUGUAGUAGCAAUUGGUUUUUUGAAAAGUUGUUCAUUUUUAAACAUGGUAGGUAUGUUUUAUGACAAAGUUUUAGAACAUUUAAAAAAAAAAGAAAUAAAUAAAUAAAUGAACAGGCUUGAAUGGUGUUUAAAAGAGAGGGAACAUGAUGUGUAUUAUUUUUAAAUAAAUUGUAUAAAAAUGUAUAAUAAUCAAUAUAUAUUAUUGUAACAGGUAAAAAAUUUGUAAUUUGAAACAAAGUUUUUUUUAUGUUUCCGAAUAUUCCUGGUCAACAAAUUCAAACUCUCACACGCCCAUUCUAUGCUUACCUACAUAAAAGGUUAAAUUAAUCAUCUUCACGUAGACAAACAAGUAUUAAAAAACAAUUUAUCUAAUUUAGUAUGCAAAAUAAUGAUUUAAAAAAUAUUUUGAAGAUUACGCAAAAUAAAAAGCUUUCAUAUUUAUAUAUUUUUUUUUUUUUUUGAUUGAUUGCUAAAACCUCUACACAACAUGACACUAAUAUAGAGAAAAUUAAAAAUACACAACGCAAAUUAAACCCUCCAGUCCUGAAUAUCACAGAAAAGUAAUCGGGACUUAGUCAAACGGAGAUGUCAAUAAAAAAUUUAAAAUUGUACCAACCAUUUGAGUUAUUAUGAUCUCUCAACGUAAAGUAUGAAAAAAUCUCCAAUAAACAAAAACAUUUUUAAAAAACCUGAAAUGCGUCGAUUUCUAAAUUUAAUUUUCUACAUUUAAUUUUCUUAAUUGUAAAAAAAAUCAUUAUAUAGGAUGACCCACAUUAAUUUAAUGACGUCAUCUGCAUUUUUUUAAAUACAAUACCCCGUAUUUGGCGACUUUUUAAAUUAUUCUUAACAAGCUGAUUUUGAUAAAGAAUGAUACUUAUAGUCUAAUGAAGAGUGAGUUUGAAAAUAAAUUUUAAUAAUUUGAAUUAUUAAUUUAAACAAUUAAAAGUAAACCAGUGUUACACGUUGAAUAAAUGCUUGUUAAAUCUUGUUCAAUCUCCAAAACUAUUGUUUAUUUCUCUUACGAUUCUCUAUUUUUAUUCUUCAAUAUUUUUUUCUCGUUUUAUUUUGUAAAUAACAUUCUUCAAAUGGCCCUACAUAAAAUAAUCCAUAGGAUUUAGAUCUGGUGACCUCGCCGGCCAUUCAACAUCUACCAAU